UGCGUGUGCGCAUCGAUCACUUGUUUUACUCAUAUUAUUAAAGGAGAGAAACAAGAAAUAUAAGUAUUAACGUGAGGGUGAUUUCGUUCGUCUCGGUUCUCUCGCGCAUGUGUUUGUUGUGAGACUUGUGAGUCACAAGCAAACAAGUGAGAAUAAAAAAACGUGCGUCGGGGAACGCGGGGAGGAGCGUGGAGGCGUCUGGCAGUCAUUGCUCCCUGCGCGCGGGCGGCGGCAGGACGGCAUGGGCUCCGCGCUGCUGGCGCCCCUCGCGCUGGCCCCCGCGCUGGCCGCCGGCGCCGGCGCCGCCGCGCUCGCCAACUGCGCGCUGCUCGCUGCACUCUACAGGCGCUCCAGCAAUGGACUAUUCUCCAUACUUAUUCAACUGAUGGUCGCUGACGUCAUUCUGCUUGUGGCCGUUAUAUCUCCCGAGAUAUGGACGUUUAAUUCAAGGACAUGGAGUUUCGGCUUCGCCGGUUGCGUCGUCUACAAGGGCACAGACGUGUUCGCUUCCACGGCCUCGCUGUACUUCAUCGUGACGUUGGCGCUGCACUGCCUCGCCACGCUGGACCUGGAGACGCGGGAGGAGCUGCGGCGGAGGAAGAGGAGCUCGGACGUGGAGGACGAGGAGGUGCGGUCGUCGCGGCACAGCCUGGUGGCGCCCAGCGACUCGUCCACGCCGCGCGGGCUGCGCGUGCCGAGCGGCGCGGCGCGGCGCGUGGCCGUGCGCACGCCCAGCGCCUGCGUGUGGGUGCUGGCGGCGUCGCUCAGCGUGCCGCAGCUCGUGAUGGCCACCACGCGCGCGCGGGACCACGCCACGCACUGCUACGUGACGGACGCCAGCCACCGACUCAACAUACACACCAUGCUCGCAGUCUUCAACCUCAUUUUUCCCGCGUUCAUUUUCUGUGUAAUCAUCGCAUUAGCUAUCGCUAAAUUGAAAGCAAUCAAGCGAUUAGCCGUUAUCGAUAACGAGGAGACCGUGGCGGCGGUCAAGUUAUCUCUGUACCUUAUCAUUGUUUACGUAGUGAUGUGCGCGCCGCGGUCAGUGCUCACGAUGCUCGGGGUGCUGGCCUCGUCGCAGGACGACGUUCCCGCCGCGCCCAGCGCCUCCAUGGCAGUGCUGUCACUAGCAUUCACUUGUGUAUAUCUUGCAGCCUUGAUGUUGCGUCCAGUGUUGUGUAUUCUAACGUUACCCCGUUUGAGGAAGAUUUUUACAAUAGGCGCUAAAAAUGUCGAUGUUGACGAGGUAUAGGCUCCGUAAAAGAGUAGGUUGGAUGGACAUUGGACAGUUGCAUUUAAAAAUGACGGAUGGUUAGUGAAAGUCGGCUCACUGUUGUGGAUUGAUCGUUUCUGGAUGGGAUUGUAGAGUUGAGUGUACAUUAAUUCACUCCCCUAACUUAGUUAUAAAUAGAGAAGACUGCUAUUUUGUUUGUUUUUACAAAUGGGUAGGUACUUUUGUAUUCGAAUAAAAUAUAUUUUUGUAA